AUGGCUUCAAGCUCAGACGACGGCUUCAUCACCGUCAUAUGCACAAACCCCAAAGCAACCGCCACCACCGCCACUGCAAGCACAGAAGUGUUUAUCUCAGUCACAGAUAUCCAAAGCUGGGAUUUGCCAGCAAUUCUCAGUUGCCGAUCACUCAAAGUUAAAGCUCAUCGGAGCAGGCUCAUCCAUCACUCCUCGUAUUUCCAUGGACUCCUCACCGGCAGCUUCAGCGAAUCGGGACUGGACUGUAUAGCAAUUGAGUGGAACCUGGAAACUUUUGUAGAUGUUUUGAAUUGUAUCUACGGCUGCGCGUUGGAUGUUACAUUUGAUAACUUCCUCCCUCUUAUUGAGGGUGCACUUUACUUUGGAGUGGUGAUGCUGCUCACGAGAUGUAAAACUUGGUUUUCUGAGGUUGCAUCAUCAGAGAUGCCACCACAAAUACAAUUGGAGGACUUGAUUUAUAUUUGGAGCUUUGGUUUAGAGCACGCCUGUGAUUUUCUUCCAGAAUUUUGUGCGAGCUAUCUUGCGAGAAAUUUUAUGUGGGCCAUAUCUAUGAAUUAUUUUGUAGAUAUUCCAUACGAAUUAUUAUUAUCGUGUGUGAAGAACAUAAAUUUGACUGUGGAUAGUGAAAUGCAUCUUGCUGAUGCACUUUUAAUUUGGCUCGAUGCUAAGACAGCAAGGAUGGAAGGUUUGAAUGGAAAUGAAGAUGACUGCACUUGCAUUUUGGAACAGAUUUGUACAACUCUUUUGCCGUUGUGGUUUGCUGCAGAGAAAAGAAGUUCUUGUCAUUUUUCUAAGUUUGCUGAUGAGAGCAUUAAUUCAAUUUUCAGACUACUGAAAAUUCCAUCCCCUAGCUCAAUAAUUGCCUUAGGAGAUGGUCACUUGCAUGAUUUAAGGAUUCGGCUGACAAAAUUUUCUAAGAAAGUAAACCUUUCAAGUUGCCCGCAGAUAACAUCAUUAAUGAUACUUUUGUCUGUGCUUCCUUCAUCACACAAUAUUGGAUCCACAUUAAGAAGUAUUGAACAGUCACCAAUUAAGUUUGACCGUCUUCGCAGAGAUCAGUGUUCAUUAUUACUGAGAUCCCUGCCAAUUCUGUCUUUUGAAGCAGUACAAGAAGUGGAUAUUUCCAAGUGUCCGAGGCUACAACUUGAUACUGCUAUUGAGUGCUUCUGCACAUCAUUUCCAUCUUUAAGGACACUAAAGGCAGCUUUUCUUCUGAACUUCAACAUAGAAACUCUCAGUCACCUGGUUCGGAAAUGCCCUAUGGUCUAUGAAGUUGACUUAACUACUGACACUAGUCCAAUUAUAAAAUCACAAUUUAUGGCAGAUUCUGAUCUCCAAUAUAUAUCUGAUGUCUUUGUCUCCUUACAAUACCUCAACCUUAGAGGGUGUAUUUCAUUAACUGAUGUUGGCAUCGCAAGUCUUCUUCUCAAAUGUCGUAAGCUACAUUCAGUUUUGGUUUGUGACACUUAUUUCGGGGUGAAUUCGGUCCUAGCUCUUUGUUCUAGCCCUUCAUAUUAUAUUGCUGGCCAAUAUAUAGAAAAUGAGCAUUUGGAGCCCGUGGCAUUUAAUCUUCAAGCACUUCAUAUGGGUGGCUGCAACCGUGUGGAAGAACCAUCUCUUCUAAAGAUUAUGUCUCAAAUGCAAAAGUUGAAGACUCUAUGCUUGCGCGAUACCAACCUAGAUGAUGCUGCUCUAUAUAAGUUUGGAGGUUCAUCCUUGGAGGUGCUUGACGUUUCUAAUACUAAGGUUGCACAAGCUGCUUUAGCUCAUCUUGUUGGUAGAAAUCCAGGUUUGAAGUGUUUGAAACUGAGAGGCUGUAGAAAUUUGUCUCAACAAGAACGUGACACUCAAAAAGGAGAAUUUUCAUCAGUCUAUUCUUGCAGAGAACUACUUAACACAAUUGGAAAAACUCUUAUGUUGGAAGAAAUUGCCCUUGGAUGGGGAUUUUCUUAUUCCUCUUUGGAAGCUCUGAAACCUGCAAUCUCAUCACUGAGGAAAAUAACAGUGGGCUUAGGUGGAUCAUUGGGUGAAGACUCACUGGGAAGACUACCAAACAUUUGUCCUAUGCUUGAGUCUAUUGCUAUUUACUUUCAGGUGUUAUCUGAUAGUAUCAUUCUGAAAAUUAUGGCAAACCUGAAAAACUUGCUAGUAUUGGCUUUGUGUUACUGUAUGGGUGAUAUAUCUAUUCUAAGCUUCAAAUUUUGUGUCCCAAACCUGAGGAAGUUGAAGCUUGAGCGGGUGACCCCUUGGAUGACAAACAAUGAUUUGGUUGUUCUUACUAAAAGCUGUGCGAAUCUAAUUGAGCUUUCAUUGCUAGGGUGCGUACUUCUCAAUUCAGAGUCUCAACAAAUAAUCUCACAUGGAUGGCCCGGCUUGGUUUCUAUUCAUCUCGAGGAAUGUGGUGAAAUGACAACAAAAGGGGUUUCUUCUCUUCUUGACUGUAAAGCUCUUGAAGAUCUCAUGCUGCGUCAUAAUGGUCCUGGGAUAAAGAAAAGCUUUAUUUCCCAUGCUGUUUCAAAGUUGCCACUGCUUAGGAAGGUGUCAUUAGAUAUGUGUGAUGCAAGUGAAGGUGAAUUUGAAAUUCCUGAUUAUGCUGACAGGUAUUUUCUAAGUACUGUGAAGAUCGCUAGAUGUAAAUCUCAGAGGUACGGUCUGGAUGUUCAGUUUGUCGAGGCUCGUAGGAGGCCUGUACACAAAGAAACACUUGUGGUGGUAUGGAACAGCAAGACUAUCAGUAGGACAGUGGUGAAGGAAAGGCUGUAAUGCUCUAAGCUCAGCGAUGUAGAGGUGUACCAACUGCCUUAUCAUGUAUUUACGCUGUACAAUUUACUUUGUCGAGUACUUUUGAGGUAAAUUAAAGUGUAUAGUGCACAAAAGGUCAUGCCAUGAAGCUGGAACUGAAUUUUGUGAUAUACUUUGUG